UCAAUUUUUCCUCGGUAAUUCACCCAAACAAAGAAAAACAUUUUUCCUCUGUACAUAUUCUGAUUUGACCGCAAAUUGGCUCCUUGAUUUGGAUUCAAGUUAGCACUUCCUAAAUCCAUGGCCCAUUCCCUAACUCCAGCAAGUGCUACCAUUGCACCCUUCUCGACGGGAUUCACCCGGAAGACCCGCUUGCCUUCCGUGGUGUUGUCCGUGAGGGCUCGGGAAGCCGAAGAUCAAGGUCGUCCUUGCACUCUUUCAGAUGACAAGCUCGUCCACCGGAGGAAUGUUGGGUUGGGAUUAGCGGGAGCCUUGCUCGGGAUGGUCAUUGGAGGCGAGCGGCACGCUGCAGCGGCAGGUAGGAGGCCACCGCCACCACCUCCAGGGGAAAAGAAAGACCCAAACGUGAGUGGUGUUCAGGCGAAAGUCCUGGCAAGCAAGAAGAGGAAGGAAGCCAUGAAAGAGGAAAUGGCCAAACUCAGACAAAAAGGAAAGGCCAUCGAUGAGUCCCCUCAGCCUAAAUCUUCUGAUUAGGCCAAAUUCUCUCAAAUUUGUUUUGAUUUAAUUGGAGGGGUAAUCUUUUGUUUUAUUUGUCCAGAAUAGAGAAUCAAUAAAUUUCCCCAUGUGGAUCAAAUAUUUGACAAAA